GCGAGAGGCAGCCCAGCCCGAUCCUAUUCAAUACCAUUUUACUCCAAAGCUCACCCAGGAGCCCCAGGUUUUCCUGGCUAUGAAUGGGCUCUCUCCCAGUCUGAAGGGAUUUCAUUCAUUCAUGAAUUGGUCACAAUAAAGAAAGGAGGGGAAAUCUCCCUCAAGAGAUUGGUUUUAAAGGGGAAACCAACUCCACGCUCAUUUUUCUCCCAGCGAUUGGCGUUCUAGGGAGUUGCAAAACUGGGUCCGAAUGGAUUUUUCGUUUCCUCUACUCAUUUGUGUCUCUAUUUAUUUGUGUUAACCUGGCUGCUUUCCCCUUUCUUCUGAAGGGAAAGAAACGACACACCUGCUUGGUGCUUGGACCCGCACCCUUUUCUCCUGGGUGGUGACUGUGUGUGGGUGCUGGAGAAGAGAGAGAAGAUCUAAGGCAGACAUACAAUUCAGCCCACGAUGUGCAUGGGGCUAGUUAGUCUCUCCGAAACUCUGACGGUAGGACUCCUGGAAAGGCUCCCAGCAAUACAGCGGCAGCAGCACCGCCACAUUAUCUAUUAACCGGACCUUAGUUCACAGCUCGGACGUAGCGGGGUCUGCAAGAAGGAUCGAGGAGCUGGGGCAGCAGUGGGGAGAUAAACAUUGGGGAGGCAAGGACCAUCUCCCGCCUCAUCGGGACGUGCCUGGCUUGAAUUUAUUUAAAGCCCCACCAGCUGCCUCAGCUUGUCUAAAACAAUCCCACCACAGCCAGCCAGCAAUCUGGAGAAGUACGUGCGGGCUGAUUUUUUCCCUGCAGGUGAAUCUCUUACUCUCCAAUUACCUUUCCCAAGAGGGAGAAGGAGCGAGGCGAGAGGGGGCAAAGUCUUGCUGUGUAUUAAAAGCAGACCAAUCAGAGGUGGAAUAACAGAGGGGGACUGCUGCAGGACGCGGUUAAUUUUGCUUCCUUCUCUGCUUGCAAGGCUGAAUCGGGACCUUCACUGAUCUGGCAAAGGGGCGAGAGCGGCGUUGUCCUUUUUUAGCAGAUAAAACCUACAUCUCUCCUUUAUAAAAAAUCCUUUGAUCACUUUUAAAUUGUGCACAAGAAACACCCCCCCAACCUCUCCCUCCAAAGCCCCCUCUCCCCCCUGCACCUGCUUGCCGGAUCCCUGUUUUAUUUCAAGAUAAAAUCCGAGAGGAGGGGGGGAAACCCCCACACAGCAAAUUUAAAACACACACCCCCCCUGAACAAAUUCAUGCCAGUGGAUGCCGGAGGAGGAUUGGGAUUUUGUAAGCGAUGCAAGUGCGAUAAGGCUGGAGUUUCCCCCCGGAACCUGAAGGAGGAUCGCUAGGUGUUUCCAAAAGGAAGCGGGGCUGCAGGAUGAAUAAGAGAUACUUACAGAAAGCAACAAAAGGAAAACUGCUAAUAAUAAUAUUUGUUGUAACACUGUGGGGGAAAUUAGCAUCUGGGGCAAACCACCACAAAGCUCACCAUGUUAAAACUGGAACCUGUGAGGUGGUGGCUCUCCACAGAUGUUGUAAUAAGAACAAGAUAGAAGAAAGGUCACAGACAGUCAAGUGCUCCUGCUUUCCUGGGCAGGUAGCGGGUACCACCAGAGCAGCUCCUUCUUGUGUUGAUGCUUCAAUAGUGGAACAGAAAUGGUGGUGCCACAUGCAACCAUGUCUUGAAGGGGAGGAAUGUAAAGUUCUUCCAGAUCGGAAAGGAUGGAGCUGUUCCUCUGGGAAUAAAGUGAAAACAACUAGGACUUCCAGAAACCACAGCUUCAAAUCCCUGCAUAUUCAAUUCAAGUUUUCAUUCCUGUGAGGCAAAUUAAGGAUCCAGCCAGCAAACGCACACACAAGUAAAUCUUAUGCAAACGUGUAAAACUCUUCAAGUCCGAAUGGAGAAGUAGAAAAAGGAGGUUUCUGCUGUGCCUGAUGACAAUUUUUGAUUUUUCCACACACACAAAAUAUCCUGGCUCCAUCCUGGAGCACUAGUUGUGGUGAAUCCUAGGCUUGGUCGGAUUCUAAGGAAGGGCCAGAAGGUUCGUUGAGGAAUAAAGAGUCAAAACCACUCCAGAAAUGUGUUCCAGCCCUGGUUUAUUACUCACACAGCAGCAGGUAACCCGAUAGCUAAAGACAACUCAAGUCUAUCUCAAGGCUGAUAAUGCUAACAUAACAGGAAUUUCAUACCUCCCUCCAGGCAAUCCUUGAAGUGAGUUUACACUGCUGGGGUAUAUUGGCUUGUAAUCAGCAACAGCUUGAGAUCAAAACUACUGGAAAGUCAUUGUGAACUUUUUUGUCACAGAGAUUUCAACUGAUUGAACUAUGUACACUUACAAAAUUGCACUUGCUGAGGAAUUUAUGGCUGCAAUCUAAAGCGGUGAUGCUCAGAGGGUGUAGAAGAGGCAGCAAUCUUUCGGGUUCUCCAUUCCAGACUGACGGCUUUUCAUCUUUACAAAAGCAGUCUUCGAAAUGUACUGGUUCUUUCACUCUGAAAUGUUCCCUGGUUCUAUGUACAAAUUGCUGGUGGGACUGCACGCUACUUUAAUCAAAUUUAUGUUGCAGAACUUGUCCUCUGGCAUAGCGCAAUUUUAGACAUUUUUAUUUGUAUUUCUAAUCUUGGAUCUCUGAAAGGCUACAUGUUUCAACAUCUUGAAGUUGCUUUUGUUAUAGGAAUGGAAAUAUAUAUCCAUCGUUAAUAAUUAUUGUUGACAAGUAAUAGUUAUCGGAAUACAUCAAUCAUAUAAGAAUGUAUAGCCAGCCUGACAUGUUUCCCUAAGGCUAACCAACUACUGUAGCUCUUUGGCAGUUUCAUUAUAAGUAUUUUAUACCUUUAAAAAUAUACAUUUCCAUUUAGUUUGAAGAUGAUGGGUGUUUCUGGUAUGUCCUUUACUUUCUUAACCUUAAGUCCUUUCAAGUUGACAGUAAGCAGUAAAUGACAUUAGCUAGUCCCUUUUUGUAAAGGUAGACAGGGAUGCAUGCAAGUUUUACAAUUCUGAGAUUGGAUGGCAUUCAUUCAGAGUUUCUUUUAUUUAUUUUUUUAAACUAUCUCUUGCUUGAACACAAGUACUAUCUCGACGCUUAUGUAGAUGUCUGCUCAGUCUGUUAAUAGAGGAAAAAAAUCUUUCCCCCCAAAUCUGAAGUUCAUAAAUGUUUUGCUUAUAGUUAUCCAGUCCCGGUCUUCUGGGACUUUCCAUAGUCAUUUCCCCUAAUUAACAUUUAUUUUCCUAUUUUCUAUUUCUGUAGCAAUUUUUUGUGAUGUACUGUUCUAUGAAAACCCUUAAUAUUUAAAGGCCUUAAACAUAUAUGAAUUUUGUUUCUAAGUUAUUACAGAAUGUAUAAUUUUAUACUCCAUUUAAUAUAUUCAGUACCACUGGUAAUACUAAGACAAAGGAACCCUGAUAAUUCAUUGUUGUACUGUAUUGAUGCUGCAUAAGCAUGCUGACCGGAGAGAGAGAGUGAGAGUUAGAUAGUAUGCUUUAUUGUCUAAAUAGAGUCAAAGACCACAGCAACUCAGACCUAGUGAAAAUAAUUGUGUGGGCAGUCUCAUUCAAAUGGCCUGCAUGGUUACCGGAAUGUUAAAAAAAGCGGGGGGAAGUCCUUUUAUAGUUACAACCCAUUGACAUGGCUAAUUAGAUAUAAAUUGGGUUCCAUGAUGGAUGAACACACUGGAGUGCUCUGGUUAGUCACAGUAUCCUAGGCUCUUCCAAGAUUAUUUCAUUAAACCUCCCGUGUUAUUGCACAGGAGAGCUAAAAAUUAAUGAUUGUUGGGAAUAAUUUGAGAUGUACAUUUCAUCAUUCUGCUGAGAAAUAAUCAAAAAUGUUGCCAGGGAAAGAUAUUCUUUUCUGAUUAAAAUUUAAUUUGGAUAAACUGUAGCACCACUAGCUAUCUCAGAUUUUUCAAAUGCAUUAAUAUUGUAUGGAUUUGUGCUAAAAGAGCAUCUUAAGGAGAAAAGUAAUUCCUUUGUUUGGAACAGUACCAAUUAUAAAUGUGUUAUUUUGUAGAAUAUGAGUUUGGCCUUAAUUUGAUCAAAAUACUGUAUCAUGCUUCUCAAUAUUUGUUUCCUUUGACUUUGUUCUCUGAAUCAACACUGAAAAUACUGUAUUAUAUACAAGUGUAACACAUGCUUAUCAAUAGGUGAAAAUAAAUGGAUUUUCAAAUAUA